GGCCAGUCCACGUAGGAAGCAAUCCUUCAGACCCGACUCGACACCCCGAAUGCGAUGGCUGAGCCCGGCCAGGAAGAGCUCAGCGGGCGCGAGGCCCACGAGAUCUGGAGGACCCUGCGCUCCGCUGAUGGGAAGCCCAGCUUUGCGGAGGCUGUGCAGCGGCAGAGGCUCUUGGCAGAGCUGCUCACCCGAAGCAGCCUGGAAGCCAUCGCGGAAAGCCGCAGGGAUGAGCGCGCCAGCUCAAAUUGGCUGCCCAACACGGUGCGGGCCGAACUCAGGAUCGCCCUCUCGGAGCUGAAAGCCAGCGAUUGCUUGCAGAUGGCGUUGCAGUCGCCCAUUGUCAUUAGAGACUAUACCACCGCUGACAUGCUGGAGGUCAUGGAUCAAGAAGGUCUGGACGAUCCCCGGCUGCUGCUGGCGGAGGCGGGGCGAGGGGGCAAGCAGCUCUGGCACUGGCUCUCCGAGAAGGCGGAGGAGGAGGAGUCCUUCGAUUUCUUCCACCAGAGCCUUUUGGACCUCGGCCUCGCCGCCUUGCAGCGUCGAGUUCAGCGCUGCGAGGAGCACUUGCUGAGCUGGGGUCACAGCGGAGUGCAGGAAGGCCUGCGGAACCAGAUGAACCACGCGGCGGAGGCCUUGACCUGGUGCAGGGCCCGUCUGGACGCAGCGCACGCGAAGCGCGCGCCGCGUGUUGGCUUUGGCCAAGAGGGCUGGAAGGAGUCCAUGAAGGAGACCGCAUUCAGCCGAAAACAAGCGAAACCUCUGGCUGCACGUGGCAGAAGCAAAGGUCCCAUGGCCAAACAUCGCGCCCUGCUGCGGCGCCUGGAGCACUUGCAGCAGAGUCCCAAGGACCCGGAGCUGCGGAUCCCCAAGGUGCUGCAGCAGGAGCGGAGCCCCAUGCGCAGGUUCGACACCUGGGCGGACAAAAGCGGCGACGAGAUGCACGGCUUCAACGCGCGAUCCUUGGAGGUGAAGAAGCAGAUGCGGGCCACCGCUUCCCGUCGCCGCACAGCGGAGCAACAGGCUGAGAUGGCGCGGGUCACGCCCUGCUCUGCGCCAAACUUCACCAGGACACGACUCGUCUACUCCGGGGUGUGCCCCAUCGUGGUGGUCACUCGCCGGGGGCUCCGACCGGAAGGUCGGCCGCAGUCCGCCAUGAGGUGAAAAGCGCGGCCGGUUCGCAACA